AUGCAGAUCGUCACAGAUGAGGCAGGUAUGAUAUAAAUAAUUCACAUUUCUUAUAAUUUUGUGUUUACUUUCUGGAUAAUUAGGUCUCAGUGGAAAGAAAAAGAGUAAUGUUUAGAUACCCUCCCUCAGGCGACGGUACGCGGUAUGAGGCGGAUGCCCUUAAUCUCGGUCCUUAUUGUACCAGGGAGGUGCGUACGAUUCAACUGCCAAUGAAGUGAAAUACUUGCUUUUGCUUCAUAAGUGUCGUAAGCGAAAAAUAAGUACUCAACGAAAAGAACCACGGGUGCAAUAAUUAGUUUUCUUGGCAUACACACAAAGUGUACACAGUAUUACAGAUAUGACCGUUAGCAUCAAGUCGAAGAAGUAGAUAUGAAAAAACGUGCUCGCGCAUUUUGCGUUUCUCUUUUAAGCUGGCUGUCUUAUCCUGAACUAUCAAUGGGGUUCUUUUUGCAUAGAUUUCUGUUUCUCUUAAUUAGAAAAUGAAAUAAUUGUUGUCAAAAGUAAGCAAGUUCCAAAAGGUUGUUCUAACGACAAGUUAACAAGUCAAAUAUUCCUAUCCAUCGGCUAUUUUAUAUUACAGUUUUUUUCGGAAUGAAGAAUGUUCUAGAAUAAAGAUAACCUCUGGAAAGACGAAUCUUAGUUGAUCAGCAGGGAAGCAUAUGAGAAGGGGCGUGAAUUUUUUGUAACGAAACUUGACAGGCUCGCAUGCAAGAUCGUUGCCUAUUUCUCCAUUUCCUGCCUGGUUAUGAUUUCUUAAUUUAAAAUCCAAAUAAAAGAGCCCAACACGAAUAGCAAACGGGAGCAUUUACGCUUAUAACGACACUAAAAUGAUCUCAAUUUUUCCAGGUUCUUUUCCUUCAAUUUCCGUAAAAGAUACUUCGAAGUAGAUAGCUCAUGCAUACCCUGUCAGCAUUAGCUAUCCAAUACCGUAUGGUCUGUCGUCGAAUCAAACAAUAAUGUUUAGAUCACAUGAAUCGCGAACAUCCAGUUGUUUUAAAGAAUAACGCAUCCACAUAAUUUUCACUGUGUUCUUCUUCAAAACGUGUUUAUAUAAAAUGAAGCCACAGAAGAAAGGAAGAAGGAAGGGGGUAUGCCACUUGGAACAAAAACUUAACAAAUUUUGGGUGUGGCUUGCCAGGUGAAAUCUUUUCCCCCUUUUCAAAGAAAAAGGUCCCUACCCCUUUACAUCAGACUGAUGUUCCUAAGACAAAUUACAAGUCCAUACCAUCUUCAGUCCGGUUGCUUUAUUGGUUACGGUUUUUCCGACCAAGAAAUAAAACCACACUGGCCGUGCCACGUGUCUAAGCCGCCUUACUCAGGUAUUCACACUCACUCCCGUGCCCACAAACAUCAUAGCUGGCACGCGACUUAACAGAUACUUUGCAAAUUCAAUUACCACUGGCCGGAAGCUAAGCUCCGCCUGUUUGUGUGUGAUCAGUAAUGAUCGAACAAGUUCAAUAUGCUUCCAAUAAGGUUUUUAUUAUAACAUUAAAGAAUUUGAAGUUGAUGUGUAGUUGUCUACUGAGUUUCGCGAUGUUUGGAAGCAUUUAAACAUUUUUCAAGUACCGACUGAGCUUCAACUGUAGAACAAUCAUACAAAACGCAGACCAGCGAUGACCAAAAGAGACAUUUUAAAGCUCACGGCGCAUCCGAGGUGUAAACCAAAAGAUGAGAAAGCAUAAAAAUAAAAUGCCUUCGAAAACUUGCCCAAAAUGCUCCAAAUUGUGAUGAGCUAUUCAUUAUCACGGGUUAUGACUAACAUGAGAGUUCUCAUCCCAUAAAUAUUGCUAGGAGUUAAACCCCGAUAAUUCUUUUUGACGAGAAACAAGAAGAAGCCUUCAUUUUAUUUCCUGAGUACAGUUACAAGAGUCAGACUUAAAUUUAAAGGCAUACCUCGGAGAACUUUAUUCAGGUUGUAUGAUCGGUAUCGAAUACAAAUUACUUGAUUCAGUUUUGGAAAAAACAAAUAAUAAUAUCCAAUCACCUAUAAAAACCAUAAAAAAUGAAAACAUUAGCAAAAUAACUAGGUCAAACGUCUUGCCUGCAUCCAGUGAAGGCAUCUGAUGAUCCAUUUAAGGGUAAUUUGUGUGAUAGCAUUAACUCUUCUGGGUCGGUCAAAACAGACACUUAAAUGGGCCUUUCCCUGUUUUACUUUAACAGGCAAUGUGCCGCGGAAGGGUUACACGUCAGCAUCGUCAUCACAUAGGACUCGUGCCACCUUUGAUGGUAUGUCAACUGCCACGUUCCCGGCUAGUGACAAUGAUUUGGAAUUUCUGCGUGAAAAAUGAUGAAGAAAUGGAAAUUCCUGAUUCUGCUUAUUAAAAAGCUGAUUUAAAAAUCACCGGUCAGUUUUAAAAACAUUGACGCUGGGAAAAAAGACGCUCAAGUUUAGUGGGGUCACCUUUCAGCCUUUACACUGAAUUAAAUUGAUGGCGAAUACUCAGUGUCGAAUGAAAGUUUCUUAUGCAGUGAGAAUUUGGAAGAAAGACGCUUUCUAUUCAAAAACAGGACUCCUUUGUAAUUAUCAAAAAGUACCUCGAUCCUGAUCUUAACAAAUUUGUAAGACUGGUCACUACGUGCUGUAGUGAAUGUGUAAAGUUUCCUUGACUUCCUUUGACUGACCACUAACUGACCACUGAGGUUUACUGGGUCAGUUCCCCUUUUAAGCUUUCUUGACAAACUAAACCACCGAUCAUAUUCUCUGUAUGUAAGUUUGAGUUCCACGACUGCUGAAUUUAGAUCACAAAACUACCAAAGCGUCUUAUAGGCCUCCCAUUCGGGGAGAGAACAAAAUAGUAAAAUCCGGAAAUUUUUAAUUUCCCCACGGUCACUUGCCGAUUUCAAAGGAAAAAUAGGUUUUCUGAGCUGUGAACCGCUGAAGGAUCUACAUAAACGUACCUUCACAAUCAGCUUUAAUUCCUUACGCAUUUAAUUUGCCACAGGUUUUCCCAGAUUUGUGGAUACAGGCCGGAUGCAGCAAACGUUCAUUGCGUGGCCAGCUAGUCAUAAUAUUCGACUUAAGUGCAAGGCUAAUGGCUCAAAGCCGUUAAGAUACCAAUGGCUAAAGGACGGUCUUCCUUCAAUACAAAGACGUUUACAACCAAGGCUCAAGACAAACAUGUGGUACUUAAAGCUCAAAGACUUGGUGACUGUUGAUUCAGGAAGAUACACUUGCGUUGUGUCAAAUCCCUUUGGAUCCAUAAAUCACACUUAUACGCUACGAGUUGUAGGUAUGAUUUCCAGUAGUGACUCGGCAAAAGUACGUUAUUAAUUCGUAUCGUAGCAAUUCAGUUAAAUCAGUUGGCCUCAAAAGCGUUUGUCGUACCUUGCAUUGUCAAAGGAAAAUUUAAAACAAAAAGAUUACCUGACAGACUCUUCGAAACACUCAGUUUGACGACCUGUAAUAGUUCUCCUCGAUAAAAUUGUAGAUUUCAGUAUCGAUGGAUUACACAAGUCUAACAAUUUCUCUCAAAUGACACAUUUAACAGUGGUUUUCUGCUCGAUAAAAUUAAAUUUAUGGGCGUUUAAAUGGUAAAUGAUACUCUGCAACUCUAUAGGGUGGAACCCGUUUGGGUAAGCACUUACCGUAUGACUCUUUAUUGGUGCUGGAGUUUAAUUAGGCGGAUGGGCGAUUUUUUGUACUUUGAGGGAACUUAUUUAUCAGCUCGUUGCAGUGACUUGAGUGCGAUUUUUCCUACUGGAAAUUAAGUUUCGCGAUUUUUGGAAACUACAUUGCAUUCCAAACUUCAUGCGUUUAUCUGGGUCAAAGUACAGACAAACAACAUCCGAAAAUGCCGUGGUCAUUGUAAUUACAGUUGAAUGUAAACGGAGUCGCUUUCUGUAUCACAAUAAACAUAUACCAUCGUUGUGGUCGUAUUUUAGCGGAAUUUUUUCGUGCAGUACUGUAAUUUUCUUCUGCGGAUCGCAUUGAAGGGUAUCGUAGGGGCACCCAACGUCAAUUUUUGGAAAAUAUCUGUUCGGAAGACGAUUUGAGAUCUAGAAUUUUCGGAACAUUUGUUGUAAAAUUUCUUGUUUGCUUGCCUCUCCUAGGAUUUUCGAAUAUCUAAACAAUGGUAUAAUUGCCCAUUUUUAACGGACUUUUACUCUAAAUUUUCGGGAGAGUUUUUCUGCCUGAAAUUUUCGGAAAGUUAAGUUUUGAUGCCCACAAUUUUCUGAUCACUAGACUUUCAGCUAGGAAAUCCGAACCAUAUAUCUACCUUUAAAAUACUAAAAUACGUUCAACAAUGCUAUGUUUAAGUGGUUUUAAACUUUAUUCUCGUUGGGUACCCCUUGUAUCGGUGAAAAUGACUCAACAACGGCAGAGAAAACUCUUGUCAGCUUUAGUGUCUUUUGGGAAUGUGUACUGACGUUAAGAGAAAACUGACACUAAACGAUAACUUAAAUUCCGUUGAUAAGAACCGGGGACAAAAAUCAGGCUUUACCGGGCUCCCGAAAUGCAAUGUUAAUUAAAAGACUUUGAGGAUCACGUCUAUCAUUCAUUUCGUUUGGCACCCACAUUUUACUGUAUUUACAGUUUUACUGUAGAAUUCAUUUCAUGGAAAAAAAAAAUCGACAUUGAUUGCUAACUAGAGCGGGUUGUUAAGUCAACGUUGCGCCACUUUCUUACAAUCUUGUAUAUCCUUGAAAUUUGAUUUACUAAGCCGGUCAAACCUGCCAUUCCAGACAAGUUACAUGAUUUGGCCGUUCCAGUCCUUAUCAUUAUCAUCAUCAUCAGACACUUUUCCCCGCGUAGGGUAUAUAUUAGAGCAGGAAAGUAAUUUCCUGUAUCCGUAAUCUCUUUUAUCUUAACAGUGUGGGGUGAUUGGCCCUACCCCAAACCCCCAACCAGGACGAACCAAGGCUGUCUGAUUAUAACCCUAGACCAAUCCGACUUGGUGGCCCACCAUGGGUAAAGACCCCCACCGACAUAGCUUUUGGAUUCACUAAGACAGGCAAGCUUAACCACCACGACACGUUCGCAAGCCCAGGAUAAAGGCUCUAAUCCAUAAAGUACCUAACACUAAAGCUCUUUCUUCUUUUACAGAAAAAUCUCGGACCAAGCCCAUUCUCAAGUGCGGAGCUCCGAAAAACACAAGCGUGCAGCUUGGACAAAACGCCUCAAUGACAUGCGUUGUAGUCAUCAGUGGAACGAUACCGGAUUUUCGAUGGGUGAAGUGGAAUUCAAUCUCCAACAAUUACCCCAAUUCACUUGAUUUUAUCAAUGGAUCUUACACUCUUAUCAAUCCUGUACAGUAUCAAACGGUCUAUGUACAAGGGAAGCAAGGGGUCCAAGUUAACAUACCGAACGUCACAGUCAGCGACUUGGGACUGUAUACGUGUUACGUUAGUAAUCAUCUUGGCUUUGACUACAGAAGCGCAUUCUUGUUCGAGAAAAAGAACGAAUGGAGCCCGUCAGAGGGUAAGAAUUGCAAAAGUACUCAUAGGCCUACGAGUUUUGUGACUUUAAUUUCGUAGUAAUUUUAUAGGCUAUAGUUACAGUAUUUAUCAUAUUCUUCUUCUUUUUUUAAAAAUUACUCAUGCCCAUCCCCUCCCCUAACUCACAAGACAACCUUAAACCCGACGAUGCACAAUUUUUCUUGACUUUCAAUAUUGUAGAGGGUGAGGGUAGGGGGGACUGCAAAACAUUUGUAAAAAAAAAAGGAAGCGCUGCUUUAAGAAGGCAUACUGGAAUUACAAGUAGUUUCGAAUAUUGCAUGACUGUCAACCAGUUGUUCACCAGGGCUGCGCCAACAUCAAAAGUCUUAAGCUAAUCCUAAGUUAUAAAAGUCACCUGGGGCUUUAUCUUUUUACUAAAGAACACUCCUGCCACUAUUUCCUGGAGUGUGUAUCCAGAGCACUUUCAUUCAAGGCCCCCUUUUGUUCUUAAUCCUUUAAUUCGGUAACCAAAGCUGUGUCGGAAAAAUACUAGACCCCCUUCGUUAGCAAAGCGUAAAAAGAAACAAAAAAGAAAAGAAAAAUCAUGACUCAGUGUACGUUUUUGGCGUUGUUCUAGAUCUCACUUCAUUUAAGCCAAAGUAUCUCUGAAUCUUUCUCCAAUGAUAUGUGCCCUGUUGUCUACUCCAUUAACUGAUAUUUAUAAGCACCCACCAAACUUCAAUCCAGGGGAAAACAAGAAAUUAAAAUAUCAUAGAACGUGUUUUUGUCGUUGCCUUGACUGGGCCUGAAUGCAACACCCACCUCAAUGCUAUACUUUCGUUGUGACGAAAUGGUUUUAAUCAGUCAUCUUUUCGGCUUUUUUGAGAGCAGACGCAUCUAAUCAAAUGUUAUAUUCUUUUUCUACUGUGGACAUUAUAAGUGGGUACCUGUAAAGUGAAAACGUACUUAUUUGGUUGAACAAUCAGUAGUUAAAAAUAAGUGCACUCAAGAAAUCGCAUUGAACAAAUCGCAGUCUUCUAUUUUAGGAAAUCAGUUCGCGACCAUUGGAGAGUUCGCAGGCUAUUACUGCAGCGAAACUCCAAAAUACUCCCACGCAGUUGCAUUACAAAAAGAGGAUGGUUUGGACAUUCACAUACCGAACACAGUGUGUGCGGUAGUAUUAUAUGUACCAUCUCAUGUCUUUGUCCACAGACUACAUGUAUUCGGCCAUUUAUAGUAUGGUUAAGUGAGCGCGGAGUGGCUGCGUUUUAACUGAUUUUUCUGGUGUUAUUAUGAUAGGAAUUAAAGGGGGUGUUUCACGGCCGUGGUGAGAGAUUUUGGAAACAGUUUCAUUGUUAGAUGUCAUGUGGCCUCGAAGUAACCAAUGAGAACGCGCGAUGUUGAGAAAAAUUUCCAGCUAUAUAAUAAACAAUUAUUGGAUGAGGUUUUUGUGAUAUCCGGAAUAAUCAAGUUCGACGUAAGUGUUAUCAGCCGCGCCGAAGGCCGAGGCUGAUAGCACUUACCGAUAUUGUUAUUGGAAAUCAUGCAUUGCGCGCGCAACCGACAGAUGAUAGCAGAUAACUAACUAAUCUGUAGGUUGCGCUGAUUUCCAAACUUAGCUGUAGGCUCUUAGCCAUUGAGAAGACAGAUAGUGAGUACGAUGUAUAAUAACAAUAAUUACUGUUGUUGUUAUAACAGAUCGGCCUUCUUACACGACAGCAGACCCUGGAAAACGCUUUCUCGAUGGGGACCACGCAGUUGACACGAAAACAAUACCCUCCAAAGGUAAGCCAGCUGAAGAAAUGUUUGCCAUAAUGGAUUAUGACUUGAGAAUAUGACGUCACGGACUUUUUGUCCUGUUUUCUUGGUGACAAGGCCGCAGCAAAGUGGCAUUUUCAUAGCGGACGUGAAUUAAUGAUGCUUGAGGGCAAAUAAGUACCACUUUCCUUAAUCAUAUAAAGCUAUAUUUUGAACACCAUGUACUUUAAGUACUUAGCUACCAAUAUAGCCCAAAAAAGGAAAAAGGUAUCCAACAAUUUGAUCGUAGCAGCACUUUAAAGCACUAACGACAGCAAAAAUUUAGGUGACUGCAAAUGUUCUCCGAUGUUUAACUUUUACUUUUUGGAAACCUUGCACAGAAAGCAAGUUAAACAGAAAAUUGGUGGUCAUUCGCGUCUGGGCGGCCCCCGCAGGGCAUUCGCAGCUGCAUCUACAGGAGCAAAGAAACUCGUAAAACCAGGUCAACAUUUCACCUCAGUUUAACUGGACAUUCUCACUUCCCAAGAAAACAUUGAACCCUUCUUAAUUAAAUUAUAAAUUCUUGGUUCCUGUUAAUAGCAUUAUUUCAAUGCUGUAGAUAAAACAGUCACAUAACACCACACUACUAAACCUGUAAGAUGAGGGCUAUCUCGCCGAUGUAAGGGAAGACAAUCUUGAAUUCUAGAUUCCACACUGUGGAUUUCGGAUCCCAGGUACUGGAUUCCGGAUUCUUUGUUAGCAGAACUUAGAUUCUGAAUUCCAAUAACAAGUGGGAUUCCGGGAACCUUGAGCUGUAUUCCACAUUCCAAAAGCUCUGAAUUCACCAUUCCACAAGCAAAAUUUUCCCGAAAUACGUAUUCCCUUACAUGGGGGCGAACUAUCGUUUAAUUCCCUUAUUCGCAGCUUUACCUUUUGAAUCCAUAAGGAGUUGCAACCCUUAAGUGGUAUAUAUCUCACUAGUUGAUACAUCCGAAAAAAGUGAACCCACGCAGGACCGUAGUUUCUUGGCAAAUAUUUUACAAAACGGCACAUGUUUUCGCAUUCACAUUCCUAAAAUCUUAACCAUUGUACCAGCUUUCUACAAAAAAAGACUAAAAAUAACGAGGCCCUAAUGAUUUUUUCCCUUCAGGGACAAAAUUGUCGCCACUGUCUUCUCAAGAAACUCAAGUACCGCUCAGUGUAUUCCUAGGCGUGCUGGUCACGUGGACUGUUACCACUGCAGUGGGUUUCCUGUGGUGUCAUUUUCGACAAAAGAAACUGAUCACAGCUACAAAGUCUGAACUAGAGUGCUAG